CGGUCCGCGGUCGAAAAUAACGGAAACACCUCCUGAAGUGCCUGGUGUCACCUCGCCUGUCGUCCGGGGCCGCCUGUCUGCCACUGCUCUGCUCCGAGACUGUGGGAUGCUGCUGCAGAGAUGGAGUUGAAUCACAAGAACAACAAAGUGUGGGUCAGAGUUUGAGACAAAGGGAGGGGGAGUUGUCGUUAGUUCUCCCACUGAACCGAUCGCUGGAUGGAUUGCUUGUUGAAAAUAAGAUAGGAGGUAUUUUUUAAAAAUCGGGUUGAAAAUGAAGCUGCUGAAGCCGAGCUGGGUGAGCCACAACGGCAAACCCAUAUUUUCAGUUGACAUCCACCCUGAUGGGACAAAGUUUGCAACUGGUGGGCAAGGAGAGGAUUCUGGCAAGGUGAUGAUCUGGAACAUGGCGCCAGUCCUCAGAGAGGAGGAUGAGAAGAAUGAGAAUAUUCCCAAAAUGCUUUGCCAAAUGGACAAUCACCUAGCGUGUGUGAACUGUGUGCGCUGGUCCAACAACGGGCUCUACCUGGCAUCAGGAGGAGACGACAAGCUGGUCAUGGUGUGGAAGAGAGCUGCAUUCAUUGGUCCGAGCACAGUGUUUGGGUCGAGCAGUAAGCUGGCCAACGUGGAGCAGUGGAGGUGUGUUACCAUCCUAAGGAACCACACUGGGGAUGUGAUGGACGUGGCAUGGUCUCCCCAUGAUGUGUGGCUGGCCUCCUGCAGCGUGGACAACACCAUCGUCAUCUGGAACGCUCGCAAAUUUCCAGAGAUGGUGAUGUGUCUACGAGGACACACUGGGUUAGUCAAAGGGCUAACGUGGGAUCCAGUGGGGAAGUACAUCGCCUCCCAGGCCGACGAUCACAGCCUCAAAGUUUGGAGGACAGUGGAUUGGCAAAUGGAGGCCAACAUCACCAAACCCUUCAGCGAGUGUGGUGGGACGACCCAUGUCCUGCGUCUGUCCUGGUCUCCGGAUGGUCAGUACCUGGUGUCGGCUCACGCCAUGAACAACUCGGGUCCUACUGCUCAGAUCGUGGAGAGAGACGGCUGGAAGACCAAUAUGGACUUUGUUGGCCACCGUAAAGCUGUCACUGUGGUGAAAUUCAAUCCAAAGAUUUUUAAGAAGAAGCAGAAGAACGGCAGCUCUCCAAAACCCAGCUGUCCAUACUGCUGCUGCGCUGUCGGCAGCAAAGAUCGAUCGCUCUCCGUCUGGCUCACCUCCCUGAAGCGCCCCCUGGUGGUCAUCCAUGAUCUGUUUGACAAAUCAAUUAUGGACAUUUCCUGGACUCUGACAGGCCUAGGGAUGUUGGUGUGUUCGAUGGACGGUACUGUGGCCUACCUGGACUUCUCACUGGAUGAACUGGGAGACCCACUGAACGAGGAGGAGAAGAACAGCAUCCACCAGAACAUCUACGGUAAGAGUCUGGCUAUAACCAGCACAGAGGCUCAGCUUUCCACCACCAUCAUCGAGAACCCUGAGAUGCUCAAAUACCAGCAGGAGCGACAGAACUCGGCCCAGGCUAACUCAGGACCAGGUAGCGCUGGCCCCGAAUCCUCAGCCCCCAAACUCAACAGUGUGAUGAACGGAGAGUCUCUGGAGGACAUCAGGAAGAACCUUCUGAAAAAACAGGUGGAGACGAGAACUGCAGACGGCAGAAGACGAAUCACACCGCUGUGUAUUGCUCAGCUGGACACGGGGGAUUUCUCGCCAGCUCUGUUCAACAGCGCUCCCAUCCUGCCCUCGGGCUCGUCCAUGUCCAACCAGCUCACCUCCCAGCUUAGCUCUGACUCCAGCCCGGGACAGGCCUCCUCUCUGGGGCUUAGACCCAGCCACGACGCCAUGCUCACUUCGCCUCCUCCCAGCAGCGGCACCAAGGGCCUGGAGGACAACAAGGAUGGGUACAAUGUUAAGCCAUGUCAGCUGCUCACAUCUGCCUCCAAAAUUGAGCCAAUGAAAGCUUUGGACUCCAGAUUUACAGAAAGGUCUAAGGCCACGCCUGGCGUCACAGCUGUGAUCUCCUCCACCGCUGGACUCACGCCACUAGACAGCAGGCCAAAAGACAGCGUAUCGGCCUUGAAAGACCUAAAAUCCAAAGAAGACACUAGCAGCGACAGUGAGGACAAGAUGGCUGCUAUCAACAAAAACCUGUCGUUCAACAAGAGGAAACCGGAGCUGCUGAUGGAUGGAGGAGAGGUGGUGAAGAGGAAAAAGGGAAGGCCCAGGAAAGACAAGAUGGCUGCUCCCAUUGCCCAGCCUUUCAUUCAGAUUACUCCUCCAGCAGAGCGGGAGCCGAGCAGGGUGGCUGCACCUCCAGCUGCUGUUGUUGCUCUCAAACUACCAACACCGAGUAUAAAGAAGGCCUUCAGUCUGCAGGUGAGCAUGGAGCCAUCCGUGUUCCUGGAGGUGGAGAACGAAGUGUCAGUGGUCGCAGGUUCGAGGCUCAGCCAGUUGCGAUGCUCUCGAGAUGGACGUGACUGGAACACACUGCUGCCCAGCUCAGUGGUCACAGCAGCAGGGAGCAGUGACAUCCUCGCCGUCGCCUGUCAGGACAUGAUGUUGUCAGUGUUCUCUUCCUGUGGGCGGCGGCUCCUUCCGGCCAUCCAGCUAGCCACGCCUGUAUCGGCCCUGCACUGCUCUGCCCACUUUGUCAUGGUUCUGACUGCUGGAGCAACGCUGUCUGUGUGGGACGUUCAAAAACAGAAGGCUCUGGUGAAGAACGAGACUUUGCUGACAAUUUUAUCUGGUGCUGACAUCACAGUGUCUCAGUCUCUGCUGACUCAGCAGGGGGUUCCAGUCAUUAGACUGUCCAAUGGGAAGUCUUACUGCUUCAGCUCAUCACUGGAGAUGUGGACUCUAAUAGCAGAUACAGGAGACUCUCUGGUCCAGUGCGCUGACUUCAGAAGCUGCUUACCUACCCACGAUGCACCUGUGGCCUCAGGGCCGCUGGCAGUCAUGCAGGGACGCAACCUCAAUGCUGGUCGUCUGGCGUCCCGCCUCUCCUCCACCCCUCACCACCUGCAACAGAGCAUGACGCUGGCCUUCCUGGAGAAUCAGCUGGCAUCUGCUCUCACUCUGCAGUCGGCGCAGGAGUAUCGCUAUUGGCUGCUCAUCUAUGCUCGUUUCCUUGUCAAUGAAGGCUCCGAGUAUCGUCUCAGAGAACUCUGUAAGGAGCUGCUGGGCCCUGUCCAUAAAUCAGCGGCUACAGCCUGGGAGCCCACCACUCUGGGUCUACAUAAGCGGGAGUUGCUGCGGGAGGUUUUACCCGUCAUCGGUGAGAACCUGCGGUUCCAGAGACUGUUCACUGAAUACCAGGACCAGCUGGAGUUGCUGCGCAACAAAUAAUGUACUACUAUACACACAGACUGACACAGGCACACGUGGACUCAUCGUGAAACCAAUUUGGUUUGUCCUGACUCGAGUCAGUUUGGGUAAACACUGAUGUUUUCCUCAACUUGGGAAGCUUUGAAAAGCUGUUGUGGCUGAAUUGGCUGUAACAACUUGACGCUCACUGGGCACAAGUGGGUGCUGCUUUUCUUUUUUCAAAUCACAACUUCAGUUUGAACUGCCGUCUCUUGUUUUUUCUUUUUCUGUUAAAUGUAUUUUUUUUCAACCUAUGCACCUCUCUCUUCUGCUCUCCUAAACAUGGACUUUAAAGGAUUAAUUUAAGAGAGACAUUGAUGGAAAGGUUGCAGGUUUGAUUCCUGCCAUGCACAGCACCAGCAGCUGUUUGUCCUGUAGAAUCACUCUCAAGUCUGUUUCCCUCCUCCAAUUGAAAGAACAGAGGUGAGAUGCUUGUCCAAGAAAAAUAUGAAUCAGAAUUGAUAUGAAAGGAGCAAUAUACUUUUACCAAAGCAAUGCCUUUAAGUGCAGAAGUAACCUUGCACCUGUAUCUGCAAAGUGAAGGGUGUCCGGACCACCAUUCAGCUGGGUGUGUAAAGGCUGAUAAGGAUAUUUUGUAACUGAAAUGUGACAAUGCUGACACCAAAAGUUGAAGAAGUACUGCAGCCGCUGGAAAUGUAAUGUUCAUAUUGAAACAUAGGAAGUUCCUCUGGGAAAUGAAAUCAGAAGAGAUCAGAGAUAAUUAGCAACUGCAGCUGAUUCAGAUGCAAAUCAAAGCACUUAGAUCAGUUCACACAUUUAAAAAAUGUAACAGGAAGCACAGGAGCCAAAUUUGUACUGUGACUGAAUUUAAACAAAAAGCAAACAAACAGAUAAUUAAAUAAAUAAAAAACAGAAAUAAGCAAAUUUGAACACAGUGUUGGACUGACUAACAAUAGAAAAUGAAAUGGCAGUAACAGAUUGUGGCAGAAGCCUUUGGAGAUGUGCAGUAGUCUGCUUCCAUCACAUCUUGAUCUGCAACUAUUUUGGACUGCAGUACAAGCUUUUCAUACUAGACAACAACAACUUUAACAACUGUUUGAAGUCCCAUCACCGAGUGUUCUACACAAUAUAUACGUUUUUUUAACCAAAACUUCAUCACCAUCUCUAAAAUCAACAGAAUUAAGUAUUUUGAAGAUUUUGUUUUGUCACCCAGGAUUGUGUUCUUAGAAAAAUUGCCUCUGUAUUGUGUUGGAUUAAUCACUUCAGUACCAAACUCUGUUUUCAAGCAGCAAGAUUAUAUCGUAUCAGCGGUAUACUUUACUGUUAUUUUUGGCUAUCUGCAGAAAACAUACAGGAAGGCAGGAAGGUAAUUUUUUCUAAAUACAGAAAACCGGGACUUUUAAUCCUCUGCUCUGCAGGUUUUUCUGAGACCUUUUGAACCUCUUUUACUGUAGACUUGUGCCACAGUCGCAUUUAAACAUACCGUAAAUAUCAGUAGCUACUCAAAGAAAUCAUGCGGAUGUCAGCCUUACUGGCCUCCAGUAUCUCAGACAGGCCUGUGAUGGAAUGAAAGACAAAAUUCUCUCAUAGUUUCACAAACACAAUCAGCUCUGCUCACAACAUCUGGUGCACCUUUUCUACUAAUAAGUCCAAAAAAGUGGUUAUGGGUCUUGCAGUUAAACAUGUGACUGUAGGAUGUUCUUGAAAUCAUUCAGGGUUUCAUCAGACCAGUCUGUGAUCAGAGAGGGCCAGUGGAAAACUAUUUUAUAUAUAUUUAUAUAUAUAUAUAUAUGUAUGAUUUGGUCACUUUCACUUUUUGUCUCUUUUGUAAAUAACCAGAUUCUCUUUGCUGUAUCUUUAUUUACGUUUGUCUCUGUUGCUGAGCAAAAACCACUGCAAAGACAUCAGUUAUUCAGGUGAGAACUAUUAACUUGACAUUUUAAAGGUCCCGUGUGUAAGAUUUAGUGGCAUCUUGUGGUGAAAUUGCAGAUUACAACCAACUGAGUAACCCUCAUCUCCCCCUCCCCAUUUAACUGUAGUAGAACCUGCAGUGGCCGCUCUGUAAUGCCAGUGUUUGGUUUGUCUGUUCUGGGCUACUGUAGAAUCAUGGCUGUGUAACAAAGCGACCUCUGUGGAUGAGGACCUGUAACAAAAACAGCAGUUCUUUUUUAAAAAAGUGAUUAUACACUAUGAAAACAUAUUUAUGAAUAUUGCAUUUCUGCAAAUAGCUCAUCCUCAAUCCUAUACACGGGACCGGUAACAGGUUUCACAGGUUCAAAGGUCAGGAAACCCAACAAUAUUUCAGUGUACCUUAAGAAAAAGUCCAUGUGUUUAGCCUUUUUUGUCUACAGUACUAAUGCGCUCUUUUGCCAGUUCAUUGUGUGCAUAGAGAAAUGGAGAUUGUGAUCUUAGAAAGCUUGUUUACUUCUGUAAUUCACUGCACAUUGCAGCACUGAGGCGCACACACACACACACACACACACACACACCGAUGAGCCCAGAGGAAGAAGGAAUCUUCUUUCUUUGCUAAUCUGUACAGGAUUUCUUCCUUCCUUUUAUUCUUUCUUCCUUUCUUUCUUUUUUGGGCUGUUAGUUAUUUUUAAAUGUUUGUACAAGGCAAUUUUUUUGUUUCCAUUUUCUAUAAUAAAAAGAAAAGAUGAGCAGAGAUGAGCUGAAAUUUUGCUUUUGAAGGAAAAUAAGUGAAAAAUAAACAAGGAACAGUU